CCUUUGUUAAGUACAGUCAUAUGAUACAAACAACCAAAGAAAGACUAUAUAUAAACGUUGCGCUGUGAAGUGUAAAUUAUAAAUCCAUUUCUCAAGAUCGUGAAUACGUGUUCAAAUGUCGUUAUUAAAUUGAAAUUUGAAUAUGAUGUGAAAAAGGAGGAAGUAAAAAAAUAUUCGAAACAGUCACAUAAAGAUGGCUUACUUUACAAAUAUUAUUACUCUCCUCGUUGUUUUAAACAAUUUAUACAGACAUUCAGAUGGAAAAAUAAAUAUCCAAGGUGAUGUGGUACUAACGGGUCUUUUUGGCAUUCACGAACCUAAUGGCAAGGAAUGUAGUGUUACCGUGGACGUGAAUUCUGUUAUGACAAUGGAGGCUGUCAAAUGGUACAUAGAAAAAUUGAAUGGUCUCGACACUUUACCUUUUCGCAUUGGUUUGGAAUCGUUUGAAACGUGUUGGCUUGACGACAAGGCGGCAGCGCAUGCAGUGGAAAUAUUACACAGGGCUCUUAGUAAUGAGACCAUAAUAGGAGUCCUCGGUCCGGAAACAAGUUCCGAAGCCGAGACUGUAUCCAAUAUCCUUGGCUCCGUUCCGCAAAGACAGCAGUUACUCCAAGUAGGAUUUUCAACAACAGCAGUGGAGCUUAGCAACGACAAAGGAUAUCCUAACUUUGUCCGUGUUGUUCCAAAUGAUGACAUACAAUCUGAGAUGAUGGUCAAAUCCAUGGUGAAGCUAGAUUGGAACAGGAUAGCUGUAGUAUAUGAAGACAAUGUGUAUGGGCAAGACGGGUAUACCAGACUAAAGGCUAGGGUUGAACAAGAGGGAAUUUGUAUUGCGUUAACAAGGACUAUAACAAUUAAUAAUGGAAUAAACGCCAAUGAAAUUUCCCAGAUACUUCAAGAUAUCACCGUUGGUGUUCCAAAUUCACGACCACCAAUAAAUGGAAUUAUACUGAUAGCCACGUCAUCAGUCGCUAAUUCUGUCAUUUUAUCCUUAGAUCAGUCCAAAUAUUCAUCGUUUCCAAUCAUUAUGUUCUCUGAAGGUACCAACUUGGACGGACGAGUGUUCAAGCAAUUUAAUGGGGACGUGAUCGCAAAAUCAAAAGGGUCGUUAGUCCUUGCCCCACCGUACAGAGAAGUUCUCGAGUUCACAGAACACUGGAAUUCAAUUUUCACUAACGCUUCAAAAUUCAACCUUGAAUCAACAUCAAACCCAUGGUUACUUGAUGUUUUCUACAAAAUAACAAGUUGUGCCGCACAGGACUGUGAUAUUCGUGUUCUAACAAACGAAGAAAUGAAAGAAUAUUUCAGUCAACAACCGUUGUUUGUCAGUUACGCUGUAAUUGCUGCACAUGCUAUGGUUAAAGCUGCCAUCAACCUUCGACCGAGCUAUUGUUUGACACAGUCGAAUCCUUGUACUGGGUUUGUUAACAAUUUCCACCAGGGAGAUAUGAUAAAUGCCAUCAAGGGAAUGGACAUAAACUUUCAGAAUGACUUUUCAUGGACGCCAGAUUCUCUGAAGAAUGAACGCUUUGCAACCGACCAGACAGGUGAAAUAACGCAACAAGACGAUGUUCCAUCGUAUGAACUGUUUAACAUCCAGACGCCAGGACAGUCGAAAGAGAUACUAUUUGAGAAGAUUGGCUUUUUAGCAAAAGAUGAAGUGACCAUUGAUUACAACAAGAUACGAGAUUAUCGUGCAUCGGGCGAAGAGUUGUUGUGGCCAAACGUACGUAAAGCCCAGUGUAUACCUGAUAAAAUAUGUUCUGAAUGCAUUCCUUUAAAAGAAUUGCAAGAAGAUAUUUUGCAUGAGGCUGGAGAUGUAUACGUAGUCGGCGUGGUUCCCAUUUUCCAGAAAAGUGGUAUAAAAGAAUGCGGCGCAAUAUCUGACAAUAGCGGGUACCAGCUAGCUGAAUCGAUAAGAUUUGCAGUGGAAAAGAUAAACGAUAAAAUCGGCGACUAUUCAUCCUUCUUCCCUGGUAUGAAAAUUGGUUUGAUAAUUAUCAACUCGUGUAUGAGCCCUGCUGUUGUUCAAAGAAAGAUAUACAACCUUCAUGAAAAUGGCAUAGCCUUAGACAAUGGCACUCAUGUUGAUGUAAAUGACAAAAUAAUUGGAUAUGUUGCAGAAUAUACAAGUACUGUUAGUAUGUCUGUUGCUGGUGUUUUGUCUACCUUAAAGUUUGUACAGAUCAGCUAUGCAUCAACGAGCCCGGCUUUAAGUGAUAGGGAUAGAUUUCCAUACUUCAUGAGGGUUGUCACACCAGAUGAUGCACAGGCUAAGGCUAUGAUAGAAAUAGUCAAAAAGCUACGUGCCAAUUUUAUACAGAUCGUUUACAGUGCAGGAGCUUACGGGGAAGAUGGCCGUGAUAAAAUUAAGGAAGCUGCAGUUUCCAAUAAAAUGUGUGUUGUGCAAGAUAUUGUUAUAGAUGAUGAAGAUAGUUCGUUUCUGAUUUAUAAUACGCUAAGAAAGUACCCUAAAGCAAAACUUGUAAUAGUUUUUCUUUACCCGAAUCAUCUUUUUAAUGUCGUAUCCGCCCUUACGACUCAAAUGAAGCGUGGCGAGUUUGUUUUCAUAGGAUCGGAGGCGUGGGCACGUGACGGGGAAGUGUUAAGUAAAGAUACAAACAAAAUUCUAAUUGGUUCAUUUACCGUGUCACUUGAAAUGUACAAGGAUAGAGAACUGAGGAACCACGCCCAAAACAUAAAGUAUAAACCCCAACACGAAGACCCGUGGGCCAUGAUGUUUAUUCAAGCCAAGAGAAAAUGCUACUUUGAUCUCAGUUUUGACAAGAAGCAAGCUGAGAUAUGUAGUGAUACCAAUGAUUACAGCCGAGAUCCAGACUUCACAUUAGACACAUACGAUACCCAAGCUUAUGUAGCCGCAAAAUGUCUUUUGAUUGGAGCAAAUGCUUUCUUAAAGGCCAAGUGUGGAUCGCCGGUUUCGAGCCUCUGUAAAGACUUUACUGGCAACACUAAAGGUUUGGUAGAAGAAAUAAUGAAAAUUAAACUGGAGCUGGAUGGGUCUGGGAACAAGAUGAAAGUGUUUAACGGUAAUGGUGACGGCAAUAUAGGGUACAGAAUCUACAACAUACAGAAAGAUGAUGUCGAUCAGUCAAAGCUUACCUAUAAAGAGAUUGGGCGAUAUCCACUUGAAGGUACUUUUACUUUUGAGAUGGACAAGAUUAUUUACCCAAACGAUGUACCAAUCAACUCAAGAUGUCCGAAUGAACAAGUUUGCAGUAAAUGCUCCGUAUACCCUGGAAAAAAUGGCAAUGGUGGUUUGGGUCCGCCGAAAGAGGACACGAAGAAUUACGAGACAUUGGUCCUAGUCCUUGGCGUAAUCCUAGGUGUAGCGGUGAUAGUCGGCAUCAUCCUUGCCGUAUUACUACACAAAGCACGGAAAAGCAGAAAGGACACUGGAAAUGACCUUUACCUUAGACCAAGGAUGCAGGACGAUCUGUCGAGAGAUCAAGCCACGCCCAGUAAAAUCUACAUGGAAAUCCCGGCACACCAUGAACGUAGAUAUGUUCCCAUGGACAGUCAGUCACCCUUAUAAACAACAGAUAGAAUACAGUAUUAUAAUACUAGUGUUGUACAGCAUGCCUGUCAACAUAAGUACAUCUGUACAAACGACUCAGUUUUUUAAAGACGGGCUACACAAUAACUAUUUCCAUGAUGGUAAUCAUACAUAAUUUGUAUGAAAAAAACAUUUGAGAAAUAACAAGUAUCUCGUUACAAUUUGACAGUGAUUAUAUAUAUAAGGCCAAGACAAUGUGUUUAAUGUCUAAUAUAUUAUUAAUUAAAUUAUUGUGGUAGUGUGAGCAUUUCUUGAAAGAUUAAGGUGAGUUUAGAACUUACUUUGUUUCUACAGUGUAAGAUAGCUACUAUUCUAUGUUUUAACAACUAUAUAGUGAAAAGAAAAUGACUGAAUAAGUUUGCAGGUGAAGUUGUGAAAACACGUUAAUUCCGGGAAAGCCUUAAUUGUCCACCUGCCAUCUUGCUGAAUAGCUUUUAUACCAGUAUUUUUAGAAUGAUUUUCACGAAGUUCACGUUGUAGGAAAAAGGUAGGUCACUAGGUUGUGGUGGGUCUUUAACAAUGGUGUCUACAUUUUUACUGAUCAUGACAGUCAGUGUGUGAAAUAUUGGCUAAUCAUAGUGUUUCUAUUCAGGGUUCGAUUUUAACUCAAACUUUUAAGACAUUGACAUGAUUGGCCAUUAUUCAAUACCAAAACUUUGUUGAUAUCAUAUACGCAUAUAAAAAUUUCAGAUCUGUCUUCAGCUGCAAAAUGUACUUUCAUGCAAAGUUGUAGUACUGAAUGAAUGAAAGAUUUAGUAUUUUAAAGUUUCAUGCUUUAAACAUUGAUGAAUAUAAGCACAGGUCAUUGGAUAUUUUUUAUUUACUUGUUUUCGUGAUUAUAAAAGAUAUUUUACGGUAUGUGCUUAUAAUAUAUCAUUGGACUAUUUUAAAAGCAUAUAUUACUAUAUUAAAAUAUUUAUAAUGACAACAAUGCUACUGAAUCGUUAGCUGUUUGUCUGAUGUUCGCCAGUUUUCGCGCUGAGAAAUAUAAAAGACAUUGAAGUUUUUUACUGAGAUGAACGAAAAACUUAAUUUUAAUGCUUCGCAAUUUAUUUGAUUGUAUGGCGAGUCGACACAAAAAGGUCAUAACAUAUAGUCAUGCAAGAACAUAAGCAAAGUGUGACUUUUAUAUACAAUCUGUUUCUAAUUCAUCAUUCAAUUCUUAUUCAUCUUUCCUAAUUCUUAUUCGUCAAUCCUAAUUCUUAUUCAUCAAUCCUAAUUCUUAUUAAUCUUUCCUAAUUCUUAUUCAUCAAUCCUUAUUCUUAUUCAUCAAUCCUAAUUCUUAAUAAUCUUCCUAAUUCUUAUUCAUCAAUCCUAAUUCUUAUUCAUCAUUCCUUAUUCUUAUUAAUCUUUCCUAAUAGAGAAAAUGUUUCUGUAGUAAGUUGGAUGUAUAACCUAUUGUAAAAAUGUGACUUUCAAAGAUGUUUAAAAGCCUAUGCUGACUAUUAAAGAAAUUGGCACUUUCUUAAAAGUACGCAGGCAGUAAUUAUAUAAAAAGGUAAGUUUACAGUUCUUGUAAAUAAUAUAUAAAAAUACUAGAAAAUACAUGUCAUUUGAUAUAUGUAAUGUUGUUUUUUUUUGUACAUGAUUUAUUUGAGACGGGUACAGUGACGAAGGAAGCUGGGUGGAGGGGGUAGGCAUUGGGUAGGCCGGCCAGCUAAACUUAACCGGCCUUUCCCUGAAAAUGUUCGGACAAAAACCACACUCACACGUGCCCCUAUCCCUACACCUGUGAUGUAAGAUCGAUAGUACAUUUCAGUAAAGCAUUCGAGCUUUUCUUAAUAGCUGGAUGUCAUUUUGAAAAGUUGUAAAUUGAACCUUUGACUGUUGCUUAAGUAAGCUCUUGUAUGCAGCUUUAUUAUAUAUAUUGUGUGCAUUUGUUAGAUCAUAAUGUAAUAGUCAUUGAAUACAUUUUGUGACAUAUCAUUGGAUCAUUAAAAUUAUUAAUAUA